AUGGCCGAAUCAAUCACUACCCUGAAGCAGCAGCUCAUCGACAAAUUCAUCCAGGCCAAUCCCAAGUCUAAAGCAGCUUUUGAUCGUGCUCGCAAUGCUCUGCCUGCUGGAAAUACCCGAUCUGUUCUCUGGUCGGAGCCCUUUCCUCUCACCCUCAAGUCGGGCAACGGCGCCCACGUUACCUCGGUCGAUGGGCACAAAUAUCUUGAUUUUGUAUCCGAUUUCACGGCGGGCCUCUAUGGACACUCCCAUCCGGUCAUUCAGCAGGCAGUGAAGGAAGCGCUUGCCACUGGAUUCAGUUUAGGUGGCGUCGUCGAGAAGGAGGCCCAGCUGGGAGAGAUCUUGCAGACUCGGUUCAAGAGUAUUGAGCGGGUUCGUUUCUGUAACUCCGGGACUGAGGCCAAUACAUUUGCCUUAGCCACAGCGAAGGCCUUCACUGGCCGAAGCAAGAUCUUGGUCUUUGACAGUGGUUAUCAUGGAGGAACUAUCAGUUUCCAUGGCACAAUGCAUAACCCGAUGAAUCUACCGCACCAAUUUGUCGUCGGUGCCUUUGAUGACAUUGAGCGAACACGGCCCUUGGUUGACGACACUUUGGCGGCCAUCCUAAUCGAGCCAAUGCAAAUGGCAGGAGGCGUCCGGCCGGCUUCAACCGAGUUUCUACAGUUCUUACGUGAGUCCGCCACCAAAUUCGGUGCGGUUCUUAUCUUUGACGAAGUCGUAACCUCUCGUUUACAAUACCAUGGCCUGCAGGGCGCCCGGGACGUCUAUCCGGAUAUGACCACACUGGGCAAAUACCUCGGCGGUGGAUUCUCCUUUGGUGCCUUUGGCGGACGUGCCGACAUCAUGGAGCAGUUUGACCCCAUCGCUCAAGGCAGCAGUGUACUGCAUCACAGCGGCACCUUCAACAAUAAUAUCUUUACCAUGACGGCGGCCGUAGCGGCGGCUGAGCUGGUGACGGAGCAGUCGCUGGCUGAGCUCAACAAGCUGGGCGAUGAUCUGCGCGCGACAGGCAACAGUAUUGCGCAACAAGCGGGGCUCAAGGAUGUUGUCUUCGUAGGCUACGGGAGUACAGUGGGCAUGGGCUUUCUGGGCGAUCGUGGCCCGGCCCUCCGUGAGGUGUUCUAUUUCACUCUCGUAAAGCAAGGAAUCCUGAUGGGACGACGUGGAUUCCUGUGUUUGAAUCUGGCACAUACGAAGGAGCACAUUGACCGGUUCUUGGAUGUAGUAAAGCCAGUGUCGACUUAUGGAACCGUGGUUGAGAAUGGCACCAUCGAGGAGCUCGGCUACGUGGCCGUCUACCGAAGAGUCUUUCGUUCUCUAGGAAAUAUGUGCAUGGUGGUCGCUCUGACAACUCCACUGGGUGCGAUCCUGGUCUCCGCAUUCUAUCAAAUCUCAUAUGGUGGCUACUGGGGGCUUUCCUGGGGUUGGAUUAUCCCCAAUGUCAUAUUGAUUCCCCAAGUGCUUGUCAUUGCAGAGCUCGCCUCAUCCAUGCCGGUCAAUGGCUCCUUCUACUGGUGGGCUGGUGCACUUGCGCCGCCGGGGUGGUCGCACGCCGUCUCAUUCAUCACGGGGUGGCUGAACGUGCUCACCAUGUUCGCCUCAACAGCUAGUUUUGCCUACGCUGUGGCCUCGUCGUUUUCCUAUGCGGUGACCAUUGCUGUCCCUUCGAUGGCCUGGACUAACGCUCAGAUAAUGUGCCUUUCCCUAGCUGUAAUUGUCGUCUGGAGUGGUGUGAUGGCCCUGAAAUUGGAACGCAUUGCCUCUCUGUAUAUUGCCAUGGCAAUUUUGGUCCUAAUUCAGACUAUUGUCUUCAUACUUGGUCUGCCAAUCAGCCACAAAGUCCAGAAUCGCCCAUUUGCGUCUGCAAAGACUGUCUUUGGAGAGUACACCAACUUCUCCGACUGGAGCCCGGCCGUGGCCGUUCCGUACACCUGGUUCUGUACUCUCUGGGUUAACUCGGCAUGGAUGGUCCCUGUCUAUGUCGCCGAGGAGACGCAUAAUGCUAGCAGGGAGAUCCCGAAGUCCCUGUGGUACACUUUUUCCGUCACCGCAGUCUUUGGCAUGGUCAUUUGUUUGAUUUCUGCAUUCUGCAUCAAUGACAUAGAGGCCGCCGCAACAGAUGAGAGGCAUAUUGCAGCAUUCGCUCGUGAUGGUGGGUUUCCCUGGCAUGAGCGCGUGGCCUAUGUGCAUCCCCGGCUCAACCUCCCCAUCUACUCCCUCGCCAUCCUAGGAAUCGGCACCUUUCUGGUCCUCAUAAUCGCUCUCUCCCCGGAAGCCAGCUCCAUCAUUUACUCCCUCUCCGUCGUUACUGGCCUCAUAACCUUUAUUGUGCCGGUCUUCUUCCGUAUUUUCGCCGGCGACCGAUGGGUGCCGGGCCCCUGGAAUCUCGGCCGCUGGAGUAUCCCCAUCCACUUUGCCACCGUAGUCACGCAGAUGUAUCUGGUCAUCAUGGAGUGUUUCCCAAUAGCACGGGCAUGGACUGUAGACACCUUUAAUUAUAAUUUUGCACUGACCAUCGGGGCAGUGCUGAUUUCAUGUGGGUUAUACUGGAGUGUGGGGAGGAAGAAUUAUAAGGGGCUGGAUCUGGAGGCUUUGGAAGUGUGGAGGAGGCAUCACGCUGCGUAUGUAGGGUAA